CAUCUCUAAAAAGAAUCACUCAUUCUUUCUCCUCUGCUCCUAACAUGGAGACCCUUCUCUCUCCUCGUGCUCUCUCCCCUCCUCUCACCAUACCCACUCCGAGUCCCUUGUCUUUAUUCAGACCGAUCUCUUCCCAAUCCGCCAAGCUCACUAAACCAGAAUCUCCGUUUCUUAAGGCUUCUGCAGUUGGGAGGAGGAGAUUGAUGAUGGGUGGCUUGCUCAUGUCUGGUUUAAUAGUUUCAGAGGCCAAUCUUCCAACAUCAGCAUUUGCUUUGACUCCAGUGUUCAGAGAGUACAUAGAUACAUUUGAUGGAUACUCUUUCAAGUACCCUCAAAACUGGAUUCAAGUUAGAGGAGCAGGCGCUGACAUAUUCUUUAGAGACCCUAUUGUCCUUGACGAGAACCUCUCGGUGGAGUUUUCUUCACCUUCUUCCUCGAAAUACAAGUCUCUUGACGACUUGGGUUCACCUGAAGAAGUAGGAAAGAAAGUACUUAGACAGUACUUGACUGAGUUUAUGUCCACUAGACUCGGUGUCAAGCGUGAGUCUAACAUUCUUACAACUUCCUCCAGAGUUGCAGAUGAUGGUAAACUCUACUAUCAAGUCGAGGUGAACAUAAAGUCAUACGCAAACAAUAACGAGCUAGCUGUGAUGCCGCAAGAUAGAGUGGCUCGUUUGGAAUGGGACAGGCGUUACCUCGCGGUUCUAGGAGUUGAGAACAAUAGACUCUACUCACUGAGACUCCAAACACCUGAGAAAGUUUUCCAGGAAGAGGAAAAAGACCUAAGAAGAGUUAUGGAUUCGUUCAGAGUCGAGAAGAUUUAGAGAGAGAUGUAGCCAUUGGUUUACAAAAAAUCUUGUUGAUGGUUAUGUUCCCUUUCACUUUCUAUUUUUGUAAUAUUAAAGCAUAAGCCAAGCUAAGGUAAACGCUUUUUUUACUGAACUUUUCAGAUUCGUUU